CAAUACAAUGAUUCCGAAUACUUCGAUAUUCCUCAUAUCCUGCGCCUGUUGCACGGUACCUGGACCGGGCUUUAUUCCGCUGCCGCAGGCACGCCCGCAGUUCUCGAUCAAACCGCGGUGGGCCCAUUGCGUGUGUUUGGUGGCGGUUGGGUGGAGAGAAUUCCGGCCGCACGGUCUCUCAUUGGCUGGUACGAUCGACCUAUGGUAUUCUCGGGUCCAGGACCCAGUGUGCUUCGAGCACGUCACACUCUAUCAGCAAAUCGAAUUCUAGAGAGUUGGCUUCUUCGAAGCACAAGUCUCGCAGCUGCGGCCAGCGCGUUGCUAAUUCCACGAUCGAAUCCACUUCUGGCAUCGGCAAAUCGGCGAUUGUGA